UUACUUGUUUGUUUGACUGUUUGUUAUUGUUAAUUUCUGAAUUCUAUGUUCAUCAUCGAUUGGAUCAAUAAAAAUGCAAUGGGCUGUGCAAUCAGUAAUUUUCAUAAUCAUCUCAUUGAUUUAUCAAAACGUUCAAAUUUAUCGAAAAAUACCAAUAAUGCAUUGAUUGUUGCACCACAUAAUCUGUAUCGUUUUCUGCAGGAAAAUAAUCCACAUCCAAAAUGUAUAUUUAUUUUCGGUGGUAUCGGUUCGAAUAAAGGACAAUUUAUAUGGGAAAUAAUGGAACAAAGUUGUGAAAAUUUUCAUAAUAAUAAAAAUAAUAAAUUGAUCAAAUUAUUAUUGAUCAAUGAUGAUGAAAUUGAUUAUGAACGAUUUCGUUUUUCAUAUCAUUAUAUUGAUGUUGAAAAUUUAAUUAUUAAUAAUAUUGAUGAUCGUAUCCGGAAACUUACCAUACAACAAUCAAAUGAAACACAAAUACUGUCGAUAAAUAAUAAUGAUAAUAAUAAUUUCAUCACUAGUCCAUCACCAUUUGAAAACAAUACAACAACAACAACAACAACAACAACAAUGGCUAAUAGUAAUAUUUCUGAUCCAUUAUUAUUGGAUGAAUUGAAAUCUGUGCCGAUUGUAAAAAGGAAAAAAUCCGAUUCACAAGAUGAACAAUUACGUUUACAAUUACAGCAAUAUGCAAAUAUUAUUACGAAUAAUUGGUUAUUAACACUAUUGAAACAGGAGAUUGAACGCCAAAAUCAUGGCCCAUAUGAAAAUAUUUUCAUCAUUAAUCUAAUACCGAAUCGUAUCACUUUAUUUCGUCAAUGUUUAUUCCUAAGACAGACACCUAGUUUUAUUAAUUUUGAUUACAAUUAUGUGGCCAUAAAAUUAAUACGACAUUCAACAAGACGAAAAGAAUUGGAAAUCAAAAAUAAUGGCAUCAUCAUUGGUGCAAAUACAUUCGAUGAUAAUGUUGAUGAUAAUUAUACAAAUUAUUUUCGAGCCACAAAUAAAUUAUAUGAAAUUCGUGUAAAAAAUGCUGAAGAUCGUAUUCGACUACGUUUAUCAACAUCGAAUAAAACGGCAAUACAUAUAUCAAAUAGACAAGAAUUGAUUAGUUUCAUACAAAUGCCUAAAAAAGAUUUACUUGAAAUAAAUAUUUCAGAAUUUCAUUUCAAUCAACGAAUGGAAACCAUAUUGAAUCGUUGUCGACAACAAACAUUAUUGUUUAUUAUCAAUAAUGAAAUUGAUUUAGAUGAUAAUAUUAAAUUAUUGAUCAUCAAUAAUAAUAAUAAUCAAGAUAGACAACAACAAUAUGAUUUGAUAUUUUUACGAAAAUUCAUACAACUAUAUCGUUUGACAAGUUAUGCAUUGAAAUUUGUUUGAAUAAUGAAGAAAAAAAAAUUUCAUUUUCAUAUACAUU